AUGUGAACCGCUCAGCUACAGCACCCGCUCCUCCUCCUCCUGCCUACAAGCAGCUCCUGUCUAACAGCUCCUAACAGCUCCUGUCCGCUCUCUGCUGCUCCUCCUGGGGGAGCCACUAUCUUUCCACUACUUCUCCUGUCAGAGAGCUGCAUUCCUCUUGUACAGCUGAGGCACCGACAGCAUCCAGCGACUUCUACCCAUCAGUGAGUUUCCAUCAGUCCUUGUAUAGAGAAAGGUACCCCCUAAAAGAAAGUCCAUCAUUCACACACCCGACUGCAGCUGCUCUGUAUUCCAGCAUUGGCUGUUGCAUUGCGACUUCUUCGUUUGCUUCUUACCGACUCCAUAAACUUUUAACAGACUUUGUCGGCUUUUGCGUGUGCGGCAGCCUGGGGGCCAGAGGAGUCGCAGCGAUGAGCGGCUGCUCCAGGAGAUGUAAACGCGGGAUAUUCCGCUGUUUCCAGACGCUAUUUAAGCUGCUGACAGGGACCCUGCACAAAGACAAAAUAGAAGAUGAGUUGGAGAUGACAACAGUUUGUUAUCGACCAGAAGGACUUGAACAGCUUGAAGCACAAACGAACUUUAACAAAAGGGAAUUACAAGUUCUCUACAGAGGAUUCAAAAAUGAAUGUCCAAGUGGAGUUGUUAAUGAAGAUACCUUCAAACAGAUAUACUCACAGUUCUUCCCUCAUGGGGAUGCCAGUAGGUAUGCACACUAUCUCUUCAAUGCAUUUGAUGCUGCACAGUCUGGAUCAGUAAAAUUUGAGGAUUUUGUUGCUGCAUUGUCAGUAUUGUUGAGAGGAACCAUCCGUGAAAAACUGCGGUGGACAUUUAACCUCUAUGACAUAAACAAAGAUGGAAAUAUAAACAAAGAGGAAAUGAUGGAUAUAGUAAAAGCCAUAUAUGAUAUGAUGGGGAAGUACACCUAUCCAGUUCUUAAAGACGAUGCUCCAAAACAACAUGUAGAAGUAUUUUUUCAGAAAAUGGACAAAAACAAAGAUGGCAUUGUAACAUUAGACGAGUUCAUUGAAUGCUGCCAAGAGGAUGACAACAUUAUGAGAUCCUUACAACUUUUUGAAAAUGUGAUGUAGCACCAUGGAGACACUUGUUAUUUAUUGUGAAUAUCAUAAAACUGAAGCCACAAUAUGGAUGAACAAAAAAAAACAAAGUCCAGCUCUCUUGAACACAAGAGGAUGGAUGUUGGAGCUCUGCCAUAAUAAAAGGAUUUAAGCGUUUUGUAUGUAUCCUAGUGGGGAAAAGUCUUAAAAACCCCCCUGGUGUAAAAGUUAAUAAAACCAUUAGAUUUUAUAUCCUUUUUCAUGCAUGCCUUUAAAAAUCUGCAAACCAAAAAAAAGGUUGCUUUUAUUUUAAAAGACACUAAGCAAACAUUUUGCUUGUCAGCUGUAAAUGCUUCUGCCAUUGGAAUCUAAUAAAACUGGUUACAAAAGCAAAAAAAAAAACUGAUCAAGUCCUUGCUUGCUUAGAUAUUUUAUUGUAAUCAGAGGACACUAGUGUCUCUGUCUUUCUGUAAUAAUUUUAAAAGCAGAAAUGUAAAACUUCAUUAAUAAAAUACAAACAUUUUACAUUUUAUUGUAAAAUCUUCCCAUGCUAUGUACAGGCAUUGUUAUCUUUAAAAAGUGUUUUGUUUCAUUGCCCUUUGUACUGUAUGAUGAACAGAUAUUUUAUUUUGAAAUAAAGCACAACAUAAAGCUUAA